UUUACGCGUUGACUGCAUUUCCCGUGGCCCAGUCAAACCCUCUUCUUCAGCUCUGUAUCAAAAUAUAAAUUGUAAACUUUUACAAGCCAGUUCGUUUAACCAAUCAAGCUCUGUUCUAGCUGAGAUCAUUCCACCAUGAAAGCACUUAUCCUUGUCGGAGGUUUUGGGACACGCUUGAGACCGUUAACUCUCAGCUUCCCAAAACCACUUGUUGACUUUGCCAACAAACCCAUGAUCCUGUACCAGAUUGAAGCUCUUAAGGCUACAGGAGUAACCGAAGUGGUUCUGGCUAUAAGUUAUCAACCAGAGGUCAUGCUUAACUUCUUGAAGGAUUUUGAGAGUAAGCUCGGGAUAAAGAUCACUUGCUCACAAGAGACUGAACCGCUUGGAACCGCAGGACCCCUAGCUCUGGCUCGAGACAUACUAGCUGAUAAAUCUGGUGAACCGUUUUUUGUCCUCAAUAGUGAUGUCAUUAGUGAAUAUCCCCUCAAAGAGAUGAUUGCAUUUCACAAGUCUCAUGGUGGUGAAGCUUCAAUGUUGGUCACCAAGGUUGAUGAGCCUUCAAAAUACGGUGUGGUUGUUACAGAAGAAUCAACCGGUAAAGUUGAACGAUAUGUUGAAAAACCAAAAAUAUAUGUGGGUAACAAGAUUAAUGCUGGAAUUUACCUUUUAAACCCAUCUGUUCUUGAUCGAAUCGAGCUCAAACCCACUUCAAUCGAGAAAGAAAUCUUCCCAAAAAUUGUAUCCGAAAACCAGCUAUAUGCAAUGGUUUUACCCGGGUAUUGGAUGGACAUUGGACAGCCAAAAGAUUACAUAACUGGAUUAAGACUUUACCUAGACUCACUAAGAAUGAAAUCACCAUCUAAGCUGGCUAGUGGAGCCCACAUCAUAGGUAACGUUUUGAUAGACGAGAGUGCCGAGAUCAGUGACGGGUGUUUAAUCGGGCCUGAUGUUGCAAUCGGGCCAGGAUGUGUGAUUGAGUCGGGUGUCAGACUCUCGCAGUGCACCAUAAUGCGUGGGGUCUGCAUCAAGGAACACGCGUGCAUCUCUAGUAGUAUUAUAGGGUGGCACUCGACUGUCGGGCGUUGGGCCCGAAUUGAAAACAUGACUAUUCUUGGUGAAGAUGUUCAUGUGUGUGAUGAGAUUUAUAGUAAUGGUGGUGUGGUCCUGCCACAUAAGGAGAUCAAGGCUAGUAUCCUGAAGCCAGAGAUAAUUAUGUGAAAGGUUGAAUACUCAAUUGUGUACACAAACACAUGUUUGAAGAUAGUUGCAUGAUUUGUUUUGAGUUCUUUGAAAAGUCUUAAAUGUAUUUAACUAGUAACGGAGCCCACGCUUGGCGGUGAGGUCGUAGAAGGGUGCUAGCGAGGAUAUAUUUGUUA